UUUUUUUUUUUUUCCUAAUUCAUAAAACCCUCACUACAUAGUCGCUCGUUAUCUUAUGUUCUUGUUUUUCUCUUUUUUCAUUUGUUAGGUCAUCGACCCCGGAGACGGACCGCGAGUCUGACCGAGGACUCCAAUGAACCCAGCGGGUCAUUUGCUGUCUCCUACGAGCAGCCUGCCGCCUUUACGUUCGUUGACUGCACUCAAUAGGGAACGAAUAUUCUCGGCUCUAGAUAACCUUUAUGAGCUAUAUUGCCCCGUCUCGUUACCACGGGCAGUUAAGUCGCAACUCGAACAUGGGAAGGCUCAUGAUGAUUUGCUAGUCCAACUGGUCGACUCUGGGUACGUCUCCGAGGAUGGUAUAGAUUCGGAAUAUGAUCUCGACGAGUUACGUGCAGACACCUUCGAGCGCAACUUCGCUAUUCGCUGGUUGACGACUUUAAUCGCCAGCGCGGAAGAGCUGCCCCUGGGUAAUGAAGACGAGCGCGAGCAGGCGGUUGAUAAAGCCUCCUUCAUCCUUGCCUCGUUCACUAAACUUGCGGACGAAGAUGACGAAGAGGAUUCCGGAAUUACACGAGAUUUUUCUUUCGAGUUGGCGCUACCCUCCGAUCAAGGCCCCCCUAGGUUAAAGGAGUCUAGUAUCCGUGAAAAGGUCUCGAUAGACGUGCGACUCAAUGAUGCACCACAAACCACCACAGACCAUACCGAUGUUGGCCUACAGAGCUGGGGUGCAUCCAUUAUUUUCUCCGACCUACUAUGUUCGUCACCAGGCCGGCUCGGACUUGGUCGAGAAACCCUCGGCUCGUCUCCGCGUAUCAUCGAGCUUGGUGCUGGGACGGGACUAGUUAGUCUUGUUCUUGCUAAAGCGCUACCUCACUUCGGUGUAUCCGAUGCUACCCUGAUAGCAACAGACUAUCAUCCAGCUGUUCUUGAGAAUCUACAGUCUAAUGUUAAGCUUAGCCGGGUAAGCAUAGAGACAUGCUUCCUCGAUUGGUCCGCCCCUAUCUUGGAAGCACCGCUCGACUUAUCAGCAGACAUGCUAGUAGCGACCGACGUGAUAUACGCACCUGAGCACGCUAUGUGGCUUCGAGACUGCGCGACCCGCCUGCUCGCACCUAAGGGUGUGUUCUGGCUGCUCAUGACCAUACGCCCGAAUGGCCGCUUCGAAGCUGUGAUUGACUCGGUCGAAGCCGCCUUCAACAGAUCACACUCCAAAACCUCAGACAACCGACAUCUUGCAAUUCUGAACAUGGAAGGUGUUGAAAAGCGCCGUGGCGUUGGACGUGGAGAUGAGAGCGGAUAUAAACUAUUUAGGAUUGGGUGGGCUUAGAUGAAUAAACUAGAGUUACAUAGAAGGAUGGUAGACUUAUAGAGCUAGACGUAUGGUAGAGUUGCAGUAUAGAACAUUUCAGGGCAGCAUAGAUAUAAAGGCGUACUAGAUACCUAGGCUUGUUUUAAUUUAUUAUCUUAAUAGCUUAUAUGAAAUUAGUAUACAUGAC